AGCGAAGCAGAAGCUGGCUGGAGGCACGCUGGCAGGCUCCCGGAGAAGCUGGAGCCUGAGGCUUUCUACUGCUGUCGCUGGAAGCGUGGGGAGGGGGGGAAGUGUGCACUAUGCCUUUAACGCCUGGGUACAGUAGACAUGUAUAGUGAAGUGUAGGGAAACUCUAGGCGGGGUUAAAGUUCAGCUCAUGGAGCUGAUCAGCGCUGGCUGCAGUUUAGCAGAGUUGGAAAUGUGAAAGCAAGAAGCAGGCUCGAUUCUUCCCCCUUUCUUUUUUUUCUUCUCUCUCUCUUUUUUCUCUCUCCCUCUCUCUAUUCCUCCCCCUCCCUUUCUCUCUCUCUCCUUCUCUUUCUCUCUCCCCCUCUCACUCACACACCUCCAAGCCACAAACCCCCCCACAGCAAUCAUGUACUCUCCUCUCUGCCUUACCCAGGAUGAAUUUCAUCCCUUCAUUGAAGCACUUCUUCCCCAUGUCCGAGCAUUUGCGUAUACAUGGUUCAACUUACAAGCUCGAAAGCGAAAAUACUUUAAAAAACACGAAAAACGCAUGUCAAAAGAGGAAGAAAGAGCCGUGAAGGAUGAAUUGCUAAGCGAAAAACCUGAGGUUAAACAGAAAUGGGCAUCCAGACUUUUGGCAAAGCUUCGGAAAGACAUCAGGCCUGAAUAUCGGGAAGAUUUUGUUCUAACUGUGACAGGGAAAAAACCUCCUUGUUGUGUUCUUUCCAAUCCAGACCAGAAGGGCAAAAUGAGAAGAAUUGACUGUUUACGGCAGGCAGAUAAAGUCUGGAGAUUGGACCUUGUUAUGGUGAUUUUAUUUAAAGGUAUUCCGCUUGAAAGUACUGAUGGCGAACGCCUUGUAAAGUCCCCACAGUGCUCAAAUCCAGGGCUGUGUGUACAGCCCCAUCACAUAGGGGUUUCUGUUAAGGAACUCGAUUUAUAUUUGGCAUACUUUGUGCACGCAGCAGAUUCAAGUCAGUCAGAAAGUCCCAGCCAGCCAAGUGAAGCUGAUAUUAAGGACCAGCCUGAAAAUGGACAUUUGGGCUUCCAAGACAGUUUUGUCACAUCAGGUGUUUUCAGUGUCACUGAGCUAGUAAGAGUCUCUCAAACACCAAUAGCUGCAGGAACAGGCCCUAAUUUUUCACUCUCAGAUUUGGAAAGUUCCUCAUACUAUAGCAUGAGCCCAGGAGCAAUGAGGAGAUCUUUACCAAGCACCUCUUCUACCAGUUCCACAAAGCGUCUCAAAUCUGUAGAGGAUGAAAUGGACAGUCCUGGUGAAGAGCCAUUCUAUACGAGCCAAGGGCGGUCUCCGGGAAGUGGAAGUCAAUCAAGCGGAUGGCAUGAAGUGGAGCCAGGAAUGCCAUCGCCAACUACAUUAAAGAAGUCAGAGAAGUCUGGUUUCAGCAGUCCCUCGCCUUCACAGACCUCCUCCCUUGGAACGGCAUUCACCCAGCAUCAUCGACCUGUCAUUACAGGACCCAGAGCAAGUCCACAUGCAACACCAUCGACUCUUCAUUUUCCAACAUCACCCAUUAUUCAACAGCCUGGGCCAUACUUCUCACACCCAGCAAUUCGCUAUCAUCCUCAGGAGACUCUGAAAGAGUUUGUCCAACUUGUCUGCCCCGACGCUGGUCAGCAGGCUGGACAGGUGGGGUUCCUAAAUCCCAAUGGUAGCAGCCAAGGCAAGGUGCACAAUCCAUUCCUUCCGACCCCAAUGUUGCCACCACCACCUCCUCCCCCAAUGGCUAGGCCUGUGCCUCUUCCAGUGCCAGACACAAAGCCUCCAACCACGUCAACAGAAGGAGGUGCCACCUCUCCCACGUCUCCGAUCCUGGUACCUGGGAUAAAACUCACAGCUUCCCACCAUCCAGCAGACAGACCACCUGACCCCCGUCCCACCUCUGUAACAUGGAAGCAGCCACAAAACAGCGUCGUUACUUCACGUCCAUGGAAGGGGAGCAGACAGAGAUUGACAGCAAACAGCUGCUCUUUCUCAGAGACGGCAAACAUUAUGAUUGAGCAACAAAGGCCGUAACUUCGUGGGGGGAGGAGGGAGUUUGGGGGCUGGGGCUUUGGUUUGGUUUGAGGCUUUUUUUUGGCGGGGGGGAAAGAACACCUUAGUGACCGACGUAAUUUCUCAUAUGGUGCUGGAAAUGUUUGAGCUUCAUAUUUUUUGAAGUGUUUAAAGUGGUAGUGUAAGAAUUAGGGACAUUGGGUAGCAGAGCGAGUCUGCUGGCUACUUACUGACUUGCUAUUGUAACCCUUUCCAUACAGCACCUAACUGUUUUACAGUAUUUUUACUGAUUUAUUUCCCAUACAGGUGUGAGACUUACUGAGAGAUCCUAAGAGCUACACAUAAAUAACUUUUACAGUAGCCGAGUUCUUCAGUAUGGAGCUUACAAGACAGUCAUGGGGCACAUUUUUCUGUAACAUAUCAGGAUUUUUUUUUUAUUUUGCAAUCAGCAAUUCAAUAUAUGACAUGAAUCACAAGAUGGUUAUUGACAGGUUGAUUUCCACACAAGUGGCAAAGAAAUAUAAAACAUCAACCUACUACAGGUCAAACAAAAAAGAAAAAGAUUUUAAAUGCUGCACUUACAUAAAACAUUUUUGACAAUUUUCAACAAUGACAUAAAAUUCACAUGGAAAUGGGGAAGUUGGUCUGUUUUGAUAGAAACUGACAGGAAUCAAUCAAAACAAUCGAAUUUUGAAUUGAGAAAAGUGCAAUUUCAUUGGAUAGCUAAAUAUCUUUGUAAGAUAGAGAUUGUUGAAAAUUCUAUUUUUGUUUUCCAAGUCCUUCCACCCCAGGACUCUAAAUUAUUGGGGUAAAAAACAGCCUUGCAAGAAAAAAAAAGGGGGGGGAAGCUAUUUUUGCUUUUUAUGUUUUUUAUUGUUAAACUUGUAUCCCUUUAAAACUGAAGGAAAUUUAAAACACUCACACACAAUUUAAUGGUGCUUUUACCACAAUAUGUUAUCUUCAUUAAAUGCUAAUUAUUUUCUGUUAUCAAAGCACAUAAUUAAAAUUAAAUCAUAAUAUCUGUUCAUUAUAUAAGCUAAAAGUCAUUAUAAUCAAAUAUGACAAUUCUGACAAAUCAUACAUUUUCUGGCAAUAUAGGGUAUAUCACUUCUUAAAAUACCUUGGCCACAAUUUAAUGCAGAGGAAGGCAUGCUUAAAUCCAUGAGGGGGGAAGUAGCUUUAAGCAUUUUUUAGCCUGCAUUGGAUUGUGGCCCUUAAUAUAAUAAGAGAUUGCUGUCCAGAAAGUAAAAUGCCUCUGUGUCCCUGAACUGGCUUUUUCUUUUCUUUUCUUUUCUUUCUGGACUGCAAAGGCAUCAGUAGAGAAGCAAAAUGUGGAUUUACAUCUUACGCCAGUUCAAAGUGAGGGCACUUGCUGAAAAAAAAAAGAGUUUGGACCCCAAAUGUCCUGUAUCUUAUGUAAAAAAAAAAAAAAGAAAAAAGGAAAAAAAAACAGCAAAAAAUGCAAGUGAUUUUUUUUUCUAUCAGACAGCGGAGCACCCCUUUGCUUUCCAUGCAACUUUAAGAAGGUUUCCUAUAUUAUACAUAUAUAUACGUUCUGGUUGGCAAGUCUAGCUAAUCAGAGAAAGUCUCUGCAUGUUCUAGUGUUAGUAACUAAUUUUUAUAUAGUUAAUGUAGGGUAAAGUAGAGUGCAUUAAGACACAAUAUUGUAAUCCCUAAUCCAGGCACUUGCCUUUAAACUAUGUUUGUUUGGCCCUUCAGAAGGGUUUCUACUACUGUCCUAUACAAUCAAGUAAACUGAAUUUCUUGGGAAGACACUUUGCUCCUCAUCUUUUCCCUAAAAGUAUUUUUUUUUUGUUUUGUUUUCUUGAUUUGCACGAAACAAAAAAAUAAUAAUAAUAAUUCCAUAUCAAUGUGCCUUGCCCUGGAUAGCGAUUAUUUGUGGAAUUGUUGCACAUGUUCCUAUAUUGAAAGGGUUUUUUUUUUCCCCUAGUCAAGCAUUUGGAGACACUUUUUUGUAAAUGUGACUUUUAUGUCGCCAUUGUCAGUUUCAGCAUCUUAGAAUACAAUAGAGUGUUAGUUGUUCCGCAGAUAGGGGGUCGUGUUUUCUCGUCCUGUAUGGUCAGUGACAGUGCUAUUCUGAAAUCUGUAGAUGCUAGAGUAUCAGUAUUUUUGAUGUGGCUGCAUUUUACAUUUUAUUUGGAGUCUUCCUUUUGUUCGUUUUUAUUUUUAUUUUCCCAGAUAUAUGAAAAUAUGCAAUACCUGCUUAUAUCAUGUAGAAGAAAAGCUUAGCAAUUCUUAAUUUUUCUUUUAACUUUUUUUUUUAAUUUGACCAAAGUCAGUGCUGCAGUUGAAGCAGCGUGUUUUAGGUGUUUGUCUUUGUACUUUUUUUGUGUGUGAUUUUUGAAUGCACACGCAGGAAGGGCUCUUCUUAGAGAAGCAGUCAAACUGUGAAGCACUAAGCUGAACCCUGCUUCAAGCAGUUUUUGUUUUUCAAUUCUUCCUUUCACAAGCAAGCCUUAAAAAAAAAAAGACACCUCCCGUUUUCUUCAAAUCCCACACCCAUUUUUAUUAGCAGAUUGCAAUCAAACCACAUUCAAUAAAAAGUAUAAAAUGCCCAUUUUUAUAUGCACGUUUUUAAACUUCCAAGUUCUGAAAAUUGUUUACUGGUUAUUCUCUAUUUAAGGAAAAAAUGUUUUGGAUUUUCAUAUAUGUCAAAUAAGUGGUUGAGUAGUCAUUUGCUCUGUUGUAUUGUGUGAUUGUUAGUAUUACGAUAUCACAUCCACUAGCCAGCAUCCUUUGCCUUCCCUAUAGCACUUAGCAGGGCAUUACCUUAUUAAGACAUAUGUGCACUAAAAAAUAAAAAAAUAAAAAAAUUAGCAGCUUUCAGUGCUUCACAGUGAAGGGGAAAAAAGCCUAGACAAACAUUUUGUCAGAACCUUGCUCUAAGCCAAGGUAUUACCAGUAAAUUGGUUGUAUAUACAACAAAAUUGCACCCUUUUUUAAAAAAGAAACAAAGCAAACUAAGCAAUAGUUUGGGCAGUUAGUUGUUUUUAGUGAGCAUGUGAUAGUCAUGGCCAGAAAGAGAGAGAAUCAAAGCUGCCCACUCAGAAGCUAUGUAAUGUGUAUGUUGUAUAGUUUUAUUGAUUACACUGAUUUAUUCUACCCUAUUUUAUAAUGCAGGACUUUUGUAAUGUUGUUUAAAUAAGGAAAAUUUCUGUCAAAUUAGCUUAGUGAAAUUCUGAUUGUUCGUUAUAAAGGCAGCAUUCAUAGAAUUGCUUUUUUUUUUCCUUUGGGAACUGGAUUUAAGUUAAAAACUUUCCUGUUUCCUUUUUUGUAUGUAUUUAAAUACAGGUUUUUUUUUUCCUUCUCUCAAUAGUAUAGCAUAUUCCUAUGCUUGAGAAGUAUAGGCUACUGAAAAACCAUUGUAAAUGGACAUUACAGAUAUGCUGUAUUUUUGAAGGUGUUUUAUCAUAUUAAGUUUGAAGGUGAUAAAGUUAGGGAAUUCGGAUUGGAAUCACAUAAAACAAAUUGUUUUAAAGGCUUUAAACAUUAGGUAUGUGAUCAAGGGUGUUUACCAACAGGGGUUGUAAAGUAUUAAAGACACUAAGUUAACAUUUGUUUCAUCUUAUUAUCAUGUAAAAACAGCAGUUUGAAUCUGUUCAGGUGUGGAGAACAGAGUUUUAUUCCUCAAAGCAGAGUGGAGAAUGUAGAUCUGAAGGGAGACAACUGCAUGGGGUGUGCAGUCCUCAAUAGAAAAAUAAUCCUGGUCACACACUGCAGAAUCAGAUUAACAUAUGCAUCGCCCAUUUCAAAAUUGCUUUUUAUCCUUUGCACAACCAUCUUUUCUGCCCAAGUCAUUCUUUAAAAAUGACCAGAUGCACACCACCAACUCUUUUUCCUCGCUAUCCCAAAUAGAAACAGCAGUACUCUACUUGAAUUGACUCAACUAACAGAAGUUUUAUUCUCUUGAUCCCUUUUCAAAAUAGGACUUAGCUUAUUGUCAUGCUGCACACCCCUGAAAUAUUGCAUUAUUUAUUCAUUGUAUUAUAUAUGUUUUUGAAACCAGAGGCUAAUGCAAUCUUCCCCAAGGAUGUUUUCCAAGGGUGUAGGACUAUGACUUCUGUUAUCCCAGGAUAGCACAGUCAGUGACCAGGUUUGCUCAUGAAGAUGAGAUGUAUAGACAAGUGUGGCUGGAAAAUCUUGGGUUGAGAAGCCAUGAGCAUACCUGUUCUAUAGGAGGCUCUCCAGCCUUCUCUUUCAAGUUGACAAGUAAAGGAAUAGAACCGUUUUUCAUCUCUGCAGAAUUCAGUCAGCCCAGAGGAAUAUGCAGAAUCCCUCUACCUACUUUUCUUUCACUGUCUUCUCUUUGUUCCAUAUAUUUUGCAGCUUUAUAGUAACAGUAUUAAAGUUACUGUGCACACACAUUAGAGAAAAGGCAAAACAACAACAACAAACCCAUCCAGAUACAUGGCAUAAAACUGAUCUUUUUUUCCUUGUGAUUUUUAAAAAAGAAUGUCAAUAUUAGACUUUGCAUUGUGUCUCUGGAAAUAUCUUUUUAUGGUUUUACUUUGGUAGAAGACCUCCAUAGAGCAAACAUUGCAAACCACAACUGGCAUGAAAAUGUAAGGAGAGCUUCAAUGGCACCUAAAAGAAACUCAUCUUUCAUGCAAUCUAUUGGGGGAGAUCUCAAGAAGUAAACUCUGCCUACCAGGCAAGGUUUCCAUUAAAUCAAGCUUACAAAGCCAAUUUUGUCCUGAAGUCAAUGCAUGUAUUACUGUUUGACAGUAAAACCCGGCUAUGCCACCAUCAAGUCCAAGGCUGUGCAAUAGUCUAAUUAUUAUUGAGUACCAUUUUCCUUUUAUUUUUUCCAAUAAAAAAGCAGUGGGAUGAAAAUUGCUUUGAUAUAUAGCAGGUAACAUUGAAGCUAUUCCAUAGCACUUAACUGUAGUGAAUACUGUGUCACCAAUUCUGAAAUCAAUUUAAUGUUUAAUGCAAAUCCAUUACAUGGUGCUAUUACAGGCUGGCAAAAUGAUUUACAAAAAUGUGACAACUUGGGCUCAAUUCACUCUGCUUUCCAACAAUGUAAAUGCAUAGCAGUGUUUAUCUGCAUGAGAACUAUGCACUAAUAUAAAUCUGAAAAAAAAAUAUAUCAACUUUGGUAUCUAGUUUCCGUUUACUUCAAUCCUUGCCUUUUUGGUCAUUAUUAUAAAUGCCAGCUUUAGGACAGAAAGAAAUAUAAGAAAACCAGCAUAAUACCUGAUAUAUUAAAAAUGUAGUGCCUGUGAAAUCUGUAUUAUAUUGCUCUUCUGAAGUAAGAUUUUUCUACACCAGUAGCCUUCGCUGUCUGUCAGAACCUUCUGAUAUAGGUGAUGUAAAAUAACCGAACAAUAUUAAUGCAUGCUAUUCCAUAAUGCUUAGUGAGCUGUAUGAAUAUUACUCAAAGUUAUGUUAGUCUUUUUUUUCUGACUUGGUUCUUGUCAGAUAGGUUUAAAGAUAUUUCACUGAGAACACAAUUCUGUUUUUUCUUGAUUUUGGGUGUUUUCAGUAUUUUGGAGAUACACAUUUAACUUAAAGUUCAAUUCAGUAUUAUUUGUGGGGGGCAUUCUUCAACUGAGGGCAGGUAUAGGGUUUGAAAUCAGAAAUCCAUGCCUGGUGGUAUCUUUUCUUUGCUUAAAGCAGCCGUAAGAAAUCUAAAAGCUUAUCUCAGAAGUAAAAUCAGACAUAAUAUUUCAGUGGAAGCGACAAUUCUCAAACUUGGAACUGACAUUGAAAGUGUUUUCCUGAUGGACAGUGUUUAAACCAGGUACCCAUGCUUGACCCUAUUUCACACCAGACCUCCUCAUUUAAAAGAAAUGUUUAAGAACCUUUAAAACCAAACCUCAUAUGGCUAUUUAGUUUCCAUGCACUGCUGAUUUUUUUCUUUUUUCUUCUUUGUCAAAAUUCUAUAUAAACUUUGGGCCCGAUUCAUGAAUGGUCACUAGGAAUUAACAUAGGAUUUUGGUAUUCAGGUUUUUUUAAAAUCCAAAUUGUAUAGCUUUCUUUUUCUUUCCAAGAUGUACAUUUAGCAUACUGCUUUUAUUUCAAGUAUUUCAGAGCACUGCAGAGACAGAGCAAGUAUUGGUCCCACACCUUGAAAAUAUUAAACAGGACAUGAACAAGGGAAAAGAUGAGAUUAUAAUGAUUUAAUGAGAGCAUUUUUAUGCACUCUAUGCAGAUGGGAGAACUGUUCUGCAGAGCGAAAUAGCGUUCUCUUAGCUAUAGGAAUAGAGGCUAGAUUUUGCAGGUAGUUUGCUCUUUUUUUCCAUAAUGUUGCCUAAGGAAAUGUCAGAGGUGUUUCAUUUGAUCCAUGCUAGGCAACAUCUCUUUGCACCUGCCCUAAACUUCCUGAUUUUAUUUAUUUUUUAAAAUAUUCUUAAUCCUAGCGGGUGGAACGAAUCAAUAUUAACAGGAAGCAAGCAUGCUGCAAAGCCAAGCCCUCACUCCUAGCAUGACAUUAAUUUACAAGGAUGUCUUCCUGGCCCAAAUAGAACCCAUAACAUUUGAGGAAAUAAUGGACAGAUCUACCCAGGUCUAGGAAGGAUGAUAGGUCCAAUUUCAGUUGUUUGCCUUUUGUUGGUUAAAGGGAGUUUCAUAACUGGCUUUGCCAGUGUUGCAGCUCUUUAGUGAACGCACAAGACCAUUUAAUGGAACAUUCUGCAAGAGUGUUCAGGGCAUAUUCUCAAGAACCAAAAGUAUCCUCUGAGCCCCAAAAGUUGGUUACCCAUGUGCUAAAUUGUUUGUGUCCUCAAUCUUGUUUCAGCCAUAGCUCAGAUCAAUCCUUUUUUUCCUUUCCAAAAGAAAGGAAGAAACUAGGACAGUCCAGAUCUAAGGAAGAGGAGUAGCAUAUACAGGAGAGCUGGUGAUAGGAUGGGAAUGACAAUUCAACUUGAGGAGGAUUCUAUCUUAAUCUGAUCUUGGAGAGACCAAAUAUGGAACAGAGCAACGUGUCUAAGAAGGCAGACCUUCACAUGUAUGGUUGCUGCAACCUGUAAGAAGGCAGGAAAAAGGUUUAGCAGUUUUUUUGCAGGCUUGCAAAAUAUGAUAGUGGGAAUAUUCUGCAAAUAAAACUAUGAUACAAUACCUGCUGUUGGCUUCUUUGUACAGUUAGACAUUCACCAGUCCACUCUCUCAGGUCUAACAAUCAAAUAUUUGAUUUGAUUUUUCAGUCUUAUGUAACAAUGAAUUCUCAUGUGAAGAUUUGCUGCAAAUUCACUUAAUCCUUGUGUUAAUAUCCCUUUGUUUCCACUUUUUUAUGAAUCGGGUCCCUUGUGCCUCUAGUAUCCUUGUAUUGAUCCUCAUAGUUACCAUUUUAGGUUUACUGUGUUCUGUGAAAAUUUGAAAUUGGUUGAGAAUCACUGUGGGCAUCCAUUUUUUUUCAACUAAAUCUGCAGGUUUUUUUGAGCUGGUGUGGAUUAGUUUAACUCUUGUAUUCAACCAUUAGUGCUACCACUCUCUCACAUUACAAUACGAUUACUGGAAGCAAGUACUGCAUUUCCUAUGCAACAAAAAAGGAAAAUAAAAAAUUGCUAAUGCUAA